AUGAUCAGCGGAGGAUUUAAACUGCGAAAGUGGGCUUCUAACCGUCCGGAAGUACUCGAAGGGCUUCCGAACGAAUGUUUGGCGUUACCGGAUGCAAACGGUAUUGAUUGGGACCAGAACGCGGAGGUGAAAGCAUUGGGCUUAACAUGGCUACCCAAUGUUGAUCGUUUUCGGUACAAGUUCGAGAUUCCUCCUCUCACGGCAAACCAGAUUAUUACGAAGCGACAAGUGCUGUGUUUCAUAGCGAAGCUUUUCGAUCCGCUUGGUCUGCUCGGAGCAACGAUUACCUCAGCGAAGGUUUUUAUGCAGCAGCUUUGGUGCUUGCAAAACGAGAAGGGUGAAACUCUUCAAUGGGAUGACCCGCUACCCGAAAUGGUGGGUGAGGAAUGGCGAAAGUUUCACGAGCAAAUCCCAGUAUUGAACGAUGUACGGGUUCCACGGUGCGUUAUAGUUCCAGGAUCGGUAUCCGUAGAAUACCACUGUUUUUCGGAUGCUUCGAUAGUCGCAUAUGGUGCGACAAUCUAUGUGAGAAGUCAGAUAGAGGAUGGCUCGGUUUCGGUUCAUCUGUUGACCUCGAAAUCACGGGUGGCGCCGCUCAAGACGCAAUCUCUACCACGAAUGGAACUCUGCGGAGCACUGUUGGCAGCACAACUCUGGGAAAAGGUGGCAGAAUCGCUGAAGAUAGAAGACAGGGUUUAUUUCUGGACGGACUCUACCUGCGUUCUUCAUUGGAUCAAGUCAUCGCCAGGAACUUGGACCACUUUCGUCGCGAACAGGGUUGCGAAGAUUCAAGGCUUGACGGGAGUAGACAAAUGGAGGCAUGUUCCAGGGAACACCAACCCAGCAGACUUGAUAUCGCGUGGAAUACUACCCAACAACAUCCGUGACAAUGAACUGUGGUGGCAUGGACCCACAUGGUUAAAGCAAGACCCUAGGGAGUGGCCUGUAGCCACGGAAGCACCACCGAAGGAAGAAUUGGAAAAGCGACGCAACGUGGUGGUUUGCGCUUCGUCGAAGGAAUCCGAUUUUCUCUCGGAUUAUCUAGUAAGAUUUUCGACGUUUACAAGGUUGAUUCGGAUGACAGCAUACUGGUUGCGCUUCCUGAAUAACCUACGGUGUCCAGUCGGAGAAAGGCAAACGGGAUUUCUAUCUUCGUGUGAGCUACAUCUCGCUGAGCAGCUGAUAAUUCGGAAGGUUCAGGUGGAGUCUUUCCCGGACGAGCUGUGCAAGUUAAAAUCGGGCACGUCAGUAUCACGGAACUCACCUCUACGGUGGUUCAAUCCUCGGGUCGAUGAGAACGACGUUCUGCGAGUCGGUGGACGAUUAGCUCAUUCGGAAGAAUCACUGCAUUUCAAGCAUCCAAUCAUCCUACCGGCAAGGCACGCUUUCACCGAGUUGAUUCUUCGUCAUUAUCAUCAGAAAUACCUGCAUGCUGGACCGCAGCUUCUACUUGCUUCAGUUCGACAGCGGUACUGGCCGCUUGGUGGCAGAAAUCUGGCGAAGAAGAUCGUUCAUCAGUGUCAACGUUGUUUCCGGGCUAAACCGAGUACAAUCCAGCAACUAAUGGGAGAACUGCCAGCAGCAAGAGUCUCUGUUUCAAGGCCGUUUUCGAAAACCGGCGUAGACUAUUUUGGGCCGGUAUACUUGAAGGAAGGAAGGGGGCGUAAACCAACGAAAGCGUACGUUGCAAUUUUUGUGUGUAUGGCUACGAAAGCCGUCCAUAUGGAGUUGGUGUCAGAUCUAUCGACGGAGCGGUUCCUGCAAGCUUUGCGAAGAUUCUUUGCGUGCCGUGGGCGCUGUAGUGACGUCUAUUCAGACAACGGUACCAAUUUCGUAGGCGCAAGAAACCAGAUCCGAGAACUUUUCGUGUUACUGAAGGAGGAAAAACAUCGAGCCGCUGUAACGAGGGAAUGUGCAGAUGAAGGAAUUUACUGGCACUUCAACCCUCCAAGUGCACCGCAUUUUGGCGGAUUAUGGGAAGCCGCGGUUCGUUCAGCCAAAUUCCAUAUAUUGAGGGUACUCGGUGGAAAUCCAGUAUCGCAUGAAGACUUCACCACAUUGUUGGCACAAGUAGAGGGGUGCCUUAACUCCAGACCAUUGACGGCGUUAUCCGAUGAUCCGUUGGACUUGGAGUCUCUAACGCCGGCGCAUUUCUUAGUCGGAGCAUCCCUUCAUGCUUUGCCCGACCCAGAUCUUGGAGACGUCCAGCUAAACCGAUUGUCACGGUUUCAGCUCAUACAGCGACAAUUACAGGACUUCUGGAAACGAUGGCGCCGGGAAUAUCUGUCACAACUUCAAGCUAGAGGGAAGCACUGGCAGCCGGCAAUAGACGUGAAGGUAGGAAGGCUGGUUGUCAUCGUCGAGCCUAACAUACCACCUAUGCAGUGGAAGAUGGGCCGGAUUCAGGAACUACACCCUGGCGCGGAUGGAAUAACUCGAGUGGUAACGCUAAGAACCUCAACCGGGUUCAUGAAAAGGCCGGUAGCCAAAUUGUGUGUGCUACCAUUGCAGAAUCAGGAAGAUUAG